AUGGCUUCUACUUCUUUCUCCAGAUCAUCUCCGCCGUUGAUCGCGACCGUGAUGAUGAUCGUGAUCGUCACCGGAUCAUUCGCCAGAGAACUACGGCCGUCCGAUCACGGGCUGGAGUACCAAGGGGCUCCGCCGGAGGGACUGAAGUCACCGGAAAUGUUAUCCUUCUUCGGCACAUCCUCCGGUUCUUCUACGUCCGAGACCGAUGACAUGGCGCUGCCGAGGGCCAUGAACUCAUCAUCUUCCCACGACUCGUGGUGGUGGGGCCGAGGCCGGCGCGGGGGUAACGGCGGAGAAAACGAUCGCGUGCGGCAGGUUUUGGUGGUGACGAGCUUGGUAUGCGGCGUGACAGGUGGGAUAUUACUGGGUGCUUCUGCUUUGAUUUGUCUUUUAAGAUACCAAAAGGAGAAACCACCAUCGCCAUCUUCUUUAUCACCUUCAUGCAUGAUCGAUAAUGGCAAGUAG